AUGUCUUCCACGCCCGAGAAAUACUACGCCAAGCUGGGAGUCCUCCUCUUCGAAGGAGCCGAUCUCCUCGAUUUCGCAGGACCCAUGGAGGUCCUGUCUCAUGUCCUGCAUAACCACAACCCGGAUGAUCCCGAUCCAAUGUUCAAAAUCGAAACAAUGGCUCGAAAACCAACCAUUCGAUCCACCCUGACUGUGAAAGUCGACCACCUCCUAGAAGAUGCGGUCAAAGACCUAGCAGAAUAUGACAUGCUGGUAGUCCCUGGCGGCCCACCUUCUGUCAUUCAACCUCUUCUUGAAGGUUCCGCAGAGGUGGAUGUAAUCCGCAGAUUUGCCACUCUGCCCCUGCCAUCAUCUCAGAGACCGCGGAUUCUGCUCUCCGUCUGCACUGGCGCAUUUCUGCUUGGCGGUGCGGGGAUCCUUCCUGGUAUGACUGUGACCACUCAUCAUCGUGGCGUUGACGUGCUUCGGGAAAUAUGUGCUCGGUUCAACGAUAAGAGUGAUCCUCCGACUACUGUUGUGCAUAAGCGCUACAUCGACGGGGGUUAUUUGCCGGGAGACGCUGUGUCUCUUAUCACGGCCGGCGGUGUGAGCUCGGGUCUUGAUGCCACGUUCCAUGUUGUGCGUGAGCUGGCAGGUUCCGACAUGGCUGCUUUUGUGUCUAGAUUGAUGGAGUAUGAUUGGGCUGAGCUUAGGAAAUGA